AUGAACGAACUAUCAGAAGCCCUACAGAAUAUUUCAAUCCAUAGUACAGAUAUGGAAAUCACCAAUAUCACUACUGGGUACCAGGCAGAUGUGGAGGAGCCUAUGGUAUUUAAAGCCCAACCUCAGGAAAAACCUAAAGUAGCGAAAAAGAGACUUAGGUGGUUAGAUUGGAGGCGUGUACGCAGGAAGAAGCCAGCAACUCAAAAGACCAUGAAAAAGGACGACCCAAAAGAUAAAUGGAAAGACAUAGAAACUGGGGAGAGUUCCAGACCAAACCAAGAGAUGUUAUCUUGGGAAAAAGAGUUAGAGCGUAAACUAGCACUCGGUGAUAUCAUCGGACCUGCCGAUGAAACUCUCUUUAAUUACCCAACUGAAGCUCUAUUGCCUAUUAACCUAGAACCUGUCAUUCCAGACCCUAUCGUUCACCCUAGACCUUUACCAGGAGCACUAGAAGAGUGGUGGACAGCCGACUGCAUGAACGAACUAUCAGAAGCCCUACAGAAUAUUUCAAUCCAUAGUACAGAUAUGGAAAUCACCAAUAUCACUACUGGGUACCAGGCAGAUGUGGAGGAGCCUAUGGUAUUUAAAGCCCAACCUCAGGAAAAACCUAAAGUAGCGAAAAAGAGACACAGGUGGGUAGAUUGGAGGCGUGUACGCAGGAAGAAGCCAACAACUCAAAAGACCAUGAAAAAGGACGACCCAAAAGAUAAAUGGAAAGGCAUAGAAACUGGGGAGAAUUCCAGAUCAAACCAAGAGAUGUUAUCUUGGGAAAAAGAGUUAGAGCGUAAACUAGCACUUAGUGAUAUCAUCGGACCUGCCGAUGAAACUCUCUUUAAUUACACAGCUGAAGCUCUAUUGCCUAUUAACCUAGAACCUGUCAUUCCAGACCCUAUUGUUCACCCUAGACCUUUACCGGGAGCACUAAAAGAACUCAUGGACACGUCAGACACUGGAGACUCAGAUACUACCGGACCACUACCCAUGGUGUCGGAUGAUAUUAUGUCAUCAGAGCAUGAGGUGCACACCUCAGAUUAUACGAGCACAGACGACGACGACUUCCAGCCGUUUGCAUUACCCGACGGCGCUGAUGAGCCCAUCGUUGGUGAUCCUGCUGAGGAUCUUCCUCUUGUUGCGAUUCCCGCCCCGAUUCCCCUCGCUUCUUACCCAGCUUAUGAGCUCAUGCAGGAUGCCGAGGCUGAUGAUGAUAUUGAUCUUUUCGAGGAUGAGCCAUUCGAGGACGAGGAUCCUGAUCCAGCUCUUUUACCCGCUGGCGGUCUCUUGAUGAUCGCCGGUGCUCCAGUCGGAGACUCGCCCGUUCACUCCCCAGUUCCAGACUCUUUCGAGUCUGUGGCAUCUGUUCCAUCACAGGAGGCGAGCACACCACAUUUCGUUCAUGACUCGGACCCUGACCAGGCGUCUUCUGCCGCCCCUAUGCCGAGCUUUGUUUUUGAGCAUGAGGACAUCGAGGAUUCUGAUCCUAUUUUCCCUCCCGGUUUUGAUCCAGAUCGUGAUAUCGAGUACGUCCCUAUGGACCCUCACGUGGAGGACCCUGUUGACCCUGCUGACCAUGUCGGUCCCAUCGAUCCAGACUUUGACUUCGACAUGGCGUUUGAUGACCAGGAGCCUGCCGUAGCCCCAGAGCAGGCAGCUGCUUUCGAUCCCGUACAUGAGCAUGGUUUGGUGCAUGCUGAUGUUCCUGUCGAUCCUGUUUUGGCUGACCCGCCAGUUGGCGAUUUUCCUAUCGAUGAUGUUCCUUUGUUAGAUGCUGAUCAUGCUGCUGAUCCUUUGGUUGACCCACCUUUGAUUGAUGACGUCCCCGUUGACCCUCAUGUCGAUCAUGUUGAUCCUGUUAUAGCUCCCGUUGAUCCUUUGCCCAUUGAGCCAGAGCACGCCCUUUUUGCUGAGCACAUGGAUCCUCCAGACGAGGAGGCACAGCACGGACUCAUGGACACGUCGGACACUGGAGACUCAGAUACUACCGGACCACUACCCAUGGUGUCGGAUGAUAUUAUGUCAUCAGAGCAUGAGGUGCACACCUCAGAUUAUACGAGCACAGACGACGACGACUUCCAGCCGUUUGCAUUACCCGACGGCGCUGAUGAGCCCAUCGUUGGUGAUCCUGCUGAGGAUCUUCCUCUUGUUGCGAUUCCCGCCCCGAUUCCCCUCGCUUCUUACCCAGCUUAUGAGCUCAUGCAGGAUGCCGAGGCUGAUGAUGAUAUUGAUCUUUUCGAGGAUGAGCCAUUCGAGGACGAGGAUCCUGAUCCAGCUCUUUUACCCGCUGGCGGUCUCUUGAUGAUCGCCGGUGCUCCAGUCGGAGACUCGCCCGUUCACUCCCCAGUUCCAGACUCUUUCGAGUCUGUGGCAUCUGUUCCAUCACAGGAGGCGAGCACACCACAUUUCGUUCAUGACUCGGACCCUGACCAGGCGUCUUCUGCCGCCCCUAUGCCGAGCUUUGUUUUUGAGCAUGAGGACAUCGAGGAUUCUGAUCCUAUUUUCCCUCCCGGUUUUGAUCCAGAUCGUGAUAUCGAGUACGUCCCUAUGGACCCUCACGUGGAGGACCCUGUUGACCCUGCUGACCAUGUCGGUCCCAUCGAUCCAGACUUUGACUUCGACAUGGCGUUUGAUGACCAGGAGCCUGCCGUAGCCCCAGAGCAGGCAGCUGCUUUCGAUCCCGUACAUGAGCAUGGUUUGGUGCAUGCUGAUGUUCCUGUCGAUCCUGUUUUUAUUUCAAUGGAUGACUUUGCAUGA